AUUACUACCUAUAUUAUACAGUAAAUGUGUGUACGGUCGACUAACGUAUUUGGUAUAUCUGGCCAUUUCUGUGGACAUUGGGUAACUGUUCAAUGUCUUGCUAACGUUUGUUGUUAGUGUGAAGUUAACAGCUUCCUUGCUAGCUGACGUUAGGUUAUUGCGGGCUGAUUGUCAGUGAAUAACUACGUUAACUACUAGCAAGCUGCCUCGCCCAUUCUUACUUUCGCUAUGAUACUCAUUUGUCGCUCCUAAUAUCUUACUACGAAGGAUACGAGUCUGAUUCCGACUGUCACGGUCAAGAUGCAAGAAGAGUUUGAGUAAUAUCACCCCCUUUCUUGUGCAAUGUCUUUGGUUUUCACCCGACCGAACAGCAACGCUAUUGGCAAGAAGGACAAGAGAUUAAUGGCUGAGGUGAACGCGUCGCCGCUCAAGCACUUCGUGACGGCAAAGAAGAAGAUCAAUGGCAUCUUCGAGCAGCUGGGAGCCUACAUCAAAGAGAGCUCCGCCUUCUUGGAUGAGACGUACAAAAAUGAGGAGCUGGACCCGGUCACUACAGAGGAGCAGGUGGCAGAGGUGCGGGGUUACCUGUCCAAGGUGGCGGGCAUCGGGGAGGUGCUGGCCCGCAGGCACAUGAAGGUCACCUUCUUUGGCAGGACGAGCAAUGGUAAGAGUUCAGUGAUAAACGCCAUGCUGUGGGAUAAGGUGCUCCCCUCGGGGAUAGGUCACACCACCAACUGCUUCCUCCGGGUCGAAGGCACUGAUGGCAAUGAGUCCUUCCUGCUCACAGAGGGUUCCGAGGAGAAGAAGAGUGUCAAGACGGUGAACCAGCUGGCCCAUGCGCUGCAUCAGGAUGAGGAUCUGGAUGCGGGCAGUCUGGUGUGUGUGAUGUGGCCUAAAGGCAAGUGUGCGCUGCUCAGAGAUGACCUGGUGCUGGUGGACAGCCCUGGUAUUGACGUCACCACUGAGCUUGAUAGCUGGAUAGACAAGUUCUGCCUGGACGCUGACGUCUUCGUGCUGGUGGCCAACUCCGAGUCCACCCUCAUGCAGACCGAAAAGUCCUUUUUCCACAAGGUAAAUGAGCGGCUGUCCACCCCCAAUAUCUUCAUCCUCAACAACCGCUGGGAUGCCUCAGCGUCUGAACCAGAGUACAUGGAGGAGGUGCGGAGGCAGCAUAUGGAGCGCUGCACCAGUUUCCUGGUGGAUGAGCUGAAGGUGGUGGACCGGGCUCAGGCCAGCGAUCGCAUCUUCUUCGUCUCUGCCAAAGAGGUCCUACAGGCCCGAGUGCAGAAAGCACAGGGCAUGCCCGAAGCAGGUGGUGCUCUUGCAGAAGGCUUCCAGGCCCGGAUGUUUGAGUUCCAGAACUUUGAAAGGCGCUUUGAGGAGUGUAUCUCCCAGUCAGCAGUGAAGACUAAGUUUGAGCAGCACACAGUGCGGGCCAAGCAGAUCUCCGAGGCCCUGCGGCUCAUCAUGGACUCUGUGCACGUGGCAGCCCAGGAGCAGAGGAUCCACUGCUUGGAGACUAAGGAGGAGAGAGAGGACCGGCUGGAGUUUAUAGACAAGCAGCUGGACCUCCUCACUCAGGACUGCAAGAGCAAGAUCAAGAAGAUCACUGAUGAGGUGGAGAAACAGGUGUCCAACGCCAUGGCGGAGGAGAUCAGGCGUCUCUAUGUGCUGGUGGACGAGUUUCACAUCGACUUCCAUCCCUCUCCUGUGGUGCUGAAGGUCUACAAGAACGAGCUGCAUCGGCACAUUGAGGAAGGCCUGGGCAGAAACAUGUCAGAGAGAUGUACCACUGCUAUCACCGGUGCCCUUCAGACCACACAGACCGAGAUGAUAGACGGUCUGAAGCCGCUGCUGCCUGUGCAGGUGCGUGAGCAGGUGGACAAGCUGGCCCCACGCCAGUGCUUCAGCCUGUGCUACGACCUCAACUGCGACAAGCUGUGCGGGGACUUCCAGGAGGACAUCGGCUUCCACUUCUCCCUGGGCUGGACCAUGCUGGUCAACCGCUUCCUCGGGCCCAAGAACACACGCCGUGCACUCAUGGGUUACAACGACCAGGUUCCGCGGCCCCUAGCCAUCACCCCGGUCAGCUCCAGCAUGCCCCCCUUCCCCCAGGGCUCCGUCACCCAGGAGGAGCUCAUGGUCUCCAUGGUAACCGGCCUGGCAUCACUGACCUCGCGCACCUCUAUGGGCAUCAUUGUGGUUGGAGGCGUGAUCUGGAAGGCAGUGGGCUGGCGUCUCAUCGCUCUGUCCGUGGGCCUCUACGGGCUACUGUAUGUGUAUGAGCGCCUGACUUGGACCACCAAGGCCAAGGAGCGUGCCUUCAAGAGGCAGUUUGUGGAUUACGCCAGCGAGAAGCUCCAGCUCAUCGUCAGCUAUACAGGGUCCAACUGUAGCCACCAGGUCCAGCAGGAGCUGGCGAGCACCUUUGCCCAGCUGUGCCAGCAGGUUGAUGUGACGAGGCAGAAUCUGGAAGAUGAGAUUCAGGACAUGAACAACAAGAUUGAGCAGUUGGACACCCUGCAGAGCAAAGCCAAGCUGCUGAGGAAUAAAGCAGGGUGGCUGGACAGUGAGCUCAACAUGUUUACCCAGCAGUACCUGCAGCAGGGGCGAUAAGAAGAGGCCGAAGAUGGAACGAGGGAUGAAGAAGAAGAAAGAUGAUUUCGGGAGAGAGAGAGAGAGAGAGAGAGAGCGAGAGAAAGACAAUGCCCAAAUGCAGGGUCCUCAUGACCACCGCCAGCCCUCUCUCUCUCCCCUCUUCUCUCUCCUCUCUCUCUCUCAUCCCUCUGCCACGUCUCAGCCGCCUGCUGUAUCAGAUGGACUCCUCUUAGCCAUGCUUGUUUUAGAAGAGGGCGUUAACCCUCACUCUGCCAUGAGACGCAUCUGUUCACCUCUCCGCCUGCCUCUCUGCCUGGAUGAAUGGUCUUCACUUUUCAUGUGUUUGGGUUCUGCCUUUGGGAUGCGAGCAGGAGAGUGCGCCCCCUAGUGUGUAGGAUGACCUGGCCAUUUAUUUUGUGGAGCGCAUCUUCCUCUUUGGUGUUACUUGUUAAGAACACGGAAAUCCAUAGCUGUAUAUGGAAGACCUGUAGUAGUAAUAAUAAUAAUGGUAAUAAUUUAUUUAAUUAUUAUUUUAUGGUAACACCACGUCACUUUGAGCUAUGCGUAUGUGUGUUUAGGAUGUGGUGUCUCGCAUAACUCACAGGGUCAGUAGGCUUGUGUGUGAGUUAGAGGUUAAAGGUCAUCUGUUGACCUGGUGUGUUGUGCGGGGGGUAGGAAGUGUCCUCUCACCCCUCAUCCCUCUAUCCCAUCCACCACACAGUCUUGGAUCAUGAUGGCCGCUGACUCGGGCCCACAUCAGGGCCACAUCUGGGUGUCUCUGCACUAGGGUUACCUAAGUCUGGGUUGAAAUCAAGCAAGUUACGAUCAGUCACAGUUAGGUAUGGUGAUACAAGUGUGUGGGUGUGUGUGUGUCUACACAAGUAGGCAUGCUCAAGUCUAUUCAGAGGUAACCCAAAUGUGAGAUUGUCAGAGAUGUGUAAUAAGUUUGUUUGUAGUAUGUAAUAUGCUUGUUUGUUUUUGUUUGUGCACUGGAGGUGCCCGUGGGCCUUUUAUCACCCGAUUACUGUAUAUGCCCACUCGCAGUUGUGGCCUGUAUUUCUACCCAACUACAUGGUGUGUGUGUGUGUGAGUGAGUGAUAUGAUUUGUCCAAUAGUGGCUCAUCAACAUCAUGCUUGUUUGGGUGUGUGUGGCUACUGCAUGACACUGGGAAACGGGGUAAUUGUGGGGCUGUCAGAUUUGCUGUUUGCUGUUCCAGGUUGAGGUCUUAACCGAACUCAAGCGUGCACUUAGGGUAAAGCCAGGUGAAGGAUUAUCAAGAAGGGAGCAUUAAAAAUGAAAGAGAAAGAGGGCUUAGUGGGAUAAUGCAGAAUUCCGGUCUCUCUUUGGUCCCGUGUUCAGUUGGGCUCUGCAUGUAGACCAGAUGUACUCUUUUUAUUUAAGGGAAAACAUUGGUGCCACACAUUUGUUAGCGUUUUGUUUUGUUUGUUUAAUUAUUGUCAUGCAAGCACCAUCAUAGCCUGAUGUAAUGAAAUGCAAAGUGAAAAAGACCAAUAGAAACAGAAUACAGUUGUGCAAAGUAAAAAAACAAAAUAUGAAUUUGACACCCUGGAAACACUGAACAUAUUACCCAACAUUCUCAACACGGAUAAAGAUCUGAAUUAGUUGGAGGUGUCCUGUGUGUGUGUGUGUGUGUUUGUGUGCGUGCGCGAGUGCCUGUUCUGAUGGUGGUUUGCAGUUGUGUGCCAAGAUGUUAAGAAAGUUGUCUGAAGAGGUCUUCAGAAGGAGUAUAUGCACUUUAUUUGUGCUGCUUUUAAAAACACUGUCUCUUUGCCUCUCAUUUUUGAGCGUGUGUGUAUAUUUUUUUUUAAAGUGACGUUGAAAGAAGGAACACUCAGUGCUGUUCAGGUGUGCUGCAGUAGUGUAGAAACACGCAUGCUUUUUCCUCGUCAUAUCCUGUCUUGUCUGAUUGUGAAUGUCCAUAAGUAAUAAAUAAUAAAAACAACUAAGUUAAGGAA